AUGAGUCCCAUUAUCUCGAUCGUUAUGACUGAGUAUUUUGCUCGGUUUCGUCGAAAUGGAUUCUCAAUUGACUGCGGAGCAAAUCCUCAUGAUGAGGCCUGUGUACAAGGAUCACGACAAGCUGCGUGGGUCUCAAGCCUUUUUUCAGCUGUAGGAUCAGUGUUCAACUUUAUUCUGGCCCCAAUGCUCGGACAAGCUUCAGAUGUCUAUGGACGCAAGCCAUUCCUAGUGCUAAGUCAACUUGUCAGAGUUGGAACACCAUUUUCCGUCAUGUACUUUAUGCAACCACGGGGUUCAAUUAUUCCGUACUUGAUAUUGAGACUGUUUGAUUAUGGAUUCGGAACUGCUGGGGUGAUGAGCGCUGCUGUUGCCGAUGUUGUCACUCCGGAAAAACGUGCGGCAGCAUUUGGAAUUCUAUUUGCGGGUCUCUCAGUUGGUUAUUGUAUCAGUGCCUUUAUCGCACCAUUUUUCUCUAGAGAUCACGUGUUGCAAAUUGCUGCAGCUCUGUUCGUGUCACGAGUUCUAUGGGCAAUGAUUAUCCUACCUGAGACGCUGCCUGUUCGAUCACAUAUGAAGAAAACACGAUGGGUCAUGGAGAACCCCAUCAGCGCGAUGUCUAUCCUUUUCCGAAACAAGUUGUUCAUGCGACUGACGUGCUUGAUUGCGCUUACAAGUUUCGUUGCAAGCGGGACCUUCCAGAUUCAAUCGUUUUAUCUAAAUACUAUUGUGGGUUUUGACGUGAAGGAUUUUGGUGACGUGAUGCUUCUCGGGGGCGUCUUGUCUUUACUAGCACAAUGUCUGUUGCUCAAGCCUCUGAUAACCUGCUUCAAGGAGAAAGGUGUGAUCGUUAUUGCGGUGAUCGCUAGCUUUGUGACGAUGGUUGGUUUUACUGGAACCGCGUUUUACCCCCAUAAAUGGGUAGUCUACGCUUUGUGUGUACCUGGAAGCCUCAGCGACUUGUCAUUCCCAGCCAUUGCAGCUCUCAAGUCGAUCAACGUGUCGGAAAAGGAGCAAGGACGUCUGCAAGGCGCGAUAUACGGUGCCCGAUCAGUUUUUGAUGCACUUGGACCCGUCAUUUUCUCGUCGUUGUAUGCUGCUAUGACGCAACAAUCGACUAAGUCCCAGGCACUCCCGUACUUUGUGGCUGCAUUUAUCUAUUUUGUCGGGAUUGGAGUAGCUCUGUCGUUACCAGUUGGCAAACCAUCCUCUCCCCGGAAUAUCGUUGCUGUCCCUGCGCCACUACCGUCACAAACAUGCGGUGAUUCUCCAUCUACGUCCGCCUUCUACUUUGAUACCGACGAUGAUGAAACAGACCAAGGUAACAUGUAUGCAAGUGGUGCAAACUACAAUGAUGACGAAAAGUAUCUAGUGGAGCCGUUACUGGGCAACACCUCCAACGACAGGACGUGUUCAUGCUGA